CAGCCAAUUGGAGCUUGGUCUCUCUCUCUCCUCCAGUCAGCAAAAAGUACACCCACCACCCCUAGACUCUGCCAAUUGACCAAAGCCACGACCUAUCACCUCACCAACUACCCCCAGGCCCAGCCAAUCAGCCAGGGCCAUGACCAUCACCCCACAAACCACCCUAGAAACCCAUAAAAUCUUUGUUCUUGGAAAACUCGCUCUCUCUCUGGCACCUGGCCACUGCAUUGGCGUGGGUGUGAGAUUGAGCUCGGGCUAGCUCGAAUAAAGGCUCUUUGCUUUUGCACCCAUGUUGGCUCCUUGGUGGUCUCCUUGGGAAUCGCAACUUUGGGCACAACAUUUUGGGGGCUCAUCCGGGAUCCCGGAGACCCCCAGGACUCCCGACCUGGGGGGCCUAGUGCCGGCUGGGCAGACCCCACACCCAAAGUCUUGGCCCUACAAGGUCCGGUCCCAAAGUCUCAGAGAGACUCAGGACCUAAAGAAACCAAACCAUCCCUUUACCCAGUUCUGCAGGACAUCAGCUCAGAGGAGUUGAUCUUUCCACCACCCUAUCAGCCCCUCCCAACUGCCCCACCAGCAGAGCCAGCAGAACCAGAUGGAGGGGAACCAGUUCCGGAAGAACCGGUUCCUGUUCCUGGAAGAGGAGUGCCUGCGCACGGACCUGCGGCGGGGACACAGGGCCAGGUCCAUUGGGCAGCUCUCAGUCAAGGACCCACUGACUCAACUGUCCUUCCCCUGCGUGCCGCAGGGCCCCCUGAUGAAAAAGGAGAACGGCCAAUGCACUAUUGGCCAUUCUCCACUAGCGACCUCUAUAAGUGGAGAAUUCAGAAUGCUAAGUUCUCAGAAAAUCCCAAAGAUCUUAUUAACCUCUUAGACACUGUUCUUUUUACCCAUCAGCCCACUUGGGAUGAUUGUCAACAGCUCUUACAGGUUCUUUUUACCACUGAGGAGAGAGGAAGGAUCCAGGUGGAAGCCCGGAAGUCAGUUCUGGGCGACAAUAGACAGCCCACCCAGAACCCAGAGCUCAUCAAUGCUGCUUUUCCCCUCUCUCAUCCAAACUGGAACUACAAUUCAGCAGAAGGUAAGGAGAGACUCCAGGUCUAUUGCCAGACUCUGUUGGCAGGUAUCAGGGCGGCUUCAUGCAAGCCCACUAAUUUGGCUAAGGUAUAUAAUGUACAACAAGGCAGGGAUGAAAGCCCAGUGGCAUUUCUAGAGAGAAUCAUGGAGGCUUUUAGACAAUACACCCCCAUGGAUCCUGAAGCUCCAGAGAACAGGGCUGCUAUAGUUAUGGCUUUCGUUAACCAAGCCGCUCCAUACAUAAAGAGAAAAUUACAGAGAGUGGAGAGAUUAGGAGAAAAGAACUUGCAGGACCUGGUAGUGGUGGCAGAAAGAGUUUUUAAUAAUUGAGAGAGCCCAGAAGAACUACAGAUGAGAAUAAACGACCGCCAAACUCGAAACUUGGCUAAAAUACUGCUGGCUACAACUGCAGAUAAUCCUCAGGAGCGACAGAGACACCUUAAGAAACUGGCCAAUGGAUAAGGUAAGGAAGACCUCACCCGAGGGAACUGCCCCAAGUUAAAUAAGAACCAGUGUGCCUAUUGCAAAGAGGAAGGCCACUGGGUCAAAGACUGUCCUAACAAAAGACCCAAAAAGGCCCCCAUUACUAUCCUGGGUACCGAAGGCAUUGAUGACUAGGGGCGACAGGGUUCGGCACCCCUCCCCGAGCCCAGGGUAACCCUAAAAGUGGAGGGGCAACCUAUAGAAUUCCUUGUGGACACCGGAGCUCAGCACUCUGUUCUAUUAAAACCCCAGGGGAAAUUGGCAGAUAAAACCUCAUGGGUACAGGGAGCUACUGGGAUGAAACAAUAUUCAUGGACUACCCGAAGAACAGUGGACCUCGGCGUGGGCCAGGUAUCCCACUCGUUCAUGGUCAUCCCAAAAUGCCCCUACCCCUUAUUAGGCUGAGACUUGCUCACCAAGGUGGGGGCACAAAUCAGCUUCCACCCAGAAGGAACAAAAAUUCUAGACAAAGAAGGAUGUCCAAUACAGGUGCUCACUAUAAGUCUCAAAGAUGAGUACCGUCUGCACCAGGCACCCUUACCACCAAUGCAUGACUUAGAAUAUUGGCUACAGACAUUUCCCCAAGCUUGGGCUGAGACAGGGGGAGUGGGAUUAGCUCAACAUAGGCCGGAAAUAUUUAUAGAACUGAAAUCAGGCGCGGAUCCAGUCAGGGUCCGGCAAUACCCGAUGGCACUCGAAGCAAGAGCUGGAAUCACUCCACACAUUAGAAGGUUACUCAAGUUAAGCAUACUGAGACCUUGCCAGUCAGCAUGGAAUACCCCCCUAUUACCAGUCCGAAAGCCA